CCCCAUCGCUCUGCAUUUAUUUCACUCUCUCUAUCCUCACUACCCUCUCCAUUUCUUUUGGUCUUUCUUCUGUUUCCAUCUAUUAGAGGCAAAGAUCGAAGAAGACAAUGGCCACCGUCACAAUUCUCUGAUUUACGUCCAUAUCCUUCGUUUCUUCUUCCUUCUGAAUCUCUUCACUCUUCGGCUCCCACACAACUGGAUCUGACCCACAUUUGCUUCUUCGUCUUCAUUCAGCAAUGGCCGCAGCCUUGGAGUGUUGGUCAAGCCGUGCCAGUACGGACGAGGAAAUGGUGGAGCAGGUUCUGAUGAGGACGCAGGAUAGAUCCGAGGGCGAAACAACGUCAGAGAGCUCUUCCACUGCUGGUGGACUCAAGGAGACCUCGCAGAUGCAAAAGAAACUGCAGAGGCUGAGUCGGAACGUCACCGAAGCAAUAGCUUCGUUCAAGAACUCGCUCAAUCUGGAUUCUUCUCGUGACCCUGCGCCUCCUUCCAAGGUAGACAAUUCUCGGAAAGUUGUGUGGGGAAGUGUUGUCCGGAAUCUUACUCAGCUUUAUCCAGGUAGCCAGCUGCCGGAGAAGCUCAUGUCCAAUAUUCGCAAGCAUUACGAUUCGCUGCCUCUAAGCUAUGCUCAGGCGGGAUUCGAUAUGAAAGAUGUGUUUCUUCACAUCAAGUUGAUGGAGCAAGCAUCAGUAGAUGACCAACCUGCGAUCCUGAUUCAGGAAGAACCAGAUAAUGAAAUUCAAGGGUGUAUAUUUAAGCUGACUUUUGCUUGUAACUCUCCAAUUUCAUGGCCAUCAAUGGCCAGUGCACUGGAUAGUUCAUGCAUUUGCUGCAAGAAGAUACAGAUCUUUGAGAAAAAAAGUUUUACCCUUGGGAUUGUUCUUCUUCUUGUUCAGCCUGGGCAAGAUAAAUUGAUCAAAGUCCGAGUUGAGAAUGCUCUAAAAUUUGCGAUGAAGAAGCCCAAAACCAGUGCAGUGAAGCUUCCCUUUGGCCUUUGUGGAUGUCAAGAAGAGAACUCCAAGGGGAGAGAAAUUGGAGAGAUUGAAGAAGACAGUGGCGAUGCAUAUUAUGGAAAUGGUUUUGAGAAUUCUAGCCAAAAAGUUCAGCUACAGUUGCCCUUACCUACUUCCUCCAUUCUUGUAUCCGUAGAUGAAUGGCAGACAAUUCAGUCUGGUGGGGAAGAGAUUAAAAAAUGGCUAUUGAACUCAGAUAGUCUUGAGUUUAUAGAACAGACUGGACCCAAUUCAUAUAAAGGGGUCCACAUGGGUAGAAGGGUUGGAAUCGAGAAGCUUAAAGGGUGUGAUAAAGGAAAUUCUUAUCAGUUCGAGCUCCGUCAAGACCUGUUAGGACUGAUGACCUGUGGACACAAAAAGAGUCUGCAAUUUUGUGGUGUUUCAGUGGAUGAAAAUCAUGGGUUAUGUGUGGUGACGAAGUUCAUGGAAGGUGGUUCUGUUCAUGAUUUGAUGCUCAAGAACAAGAAGCUCCAGAUUAAGGAAAUUACAAGAAUUGCUGUUGAUGUGGCUGAGGGCAUCAAGUUUAUGAAUGAUCAUGGUGUUGCAUACAGGGACCUCAACACACAGAGGAUUCUAUUGGAUCGACAUGGAAAUGCUUGCUUGGGAGAUAUGGGUAUAGUCACUGCUUGCAAAAGUGUUGGAGAGGCAACGGAGUAUGAAACUGAUGGUUACCGGUGGCUUGCUCCAGAGAUAAUUGCUGGUGACCCAGAGAGUGUCACAGAGACAUGGAUGAGUAACGUUUACAGUUUCGGCAUGGUCCUUUGGGAGAUGGUUGCUGGUGAGGCAGCUUAUUCUGCAUAUUCACCUGUGCAAGCAGCAGUGGGCAUAGCUGCCUGUGGCCUUAGACCUGAGAUCCCAAAGGACUGUCCUCAAAAUCUAAAAACCCUCAUGACCAAGUGCUGGAACAAUCAACCUUCUAAACGCCCUCAGUUCUCUGAAAUAUUGGCCACACUCUUGCGUUCUAACAAUAACAAUAGGAUGGGGAAUAGCAAAAAGCAGAUGUUCUUGGGGGCCACAGCCAGUGGACUGAGAUGAGGACCAUCAUUUAUAGGUUUUCCUUUUGUUUGUUUGGUGGGUAUCUUGAGGGCCCAGAAGAGAGUCAUUUUCUUAAAUGUGCUUUUGUGAGUUGUGAAACUGUCAAAUUCUUUUGGCCUCAAUUUUCCAGAUAUCAAUCCUUUUUAAUUCUGCAUGUAUUAAAUUGAGGCCAAAAAAAGCUCUUUAUGUAUUAAAUCUAACCAACUUUGUUAAAAGCAUGUAGCUGAAUGACUCUUUUGUUGACUUUCAAACAAAUUA